GAUCCGACCGGAGUCUGCAGCCGGAGACCGGUCACCUCCUUUUCUGCUCCUUCAGACACUAAUCCUGCAAAACACAGGGAGCUGAGGACUACUGUCACACAUUAGUAUUUUAUUAUUUUAUUGUUUUUAUGUGUGUGUUCAUGUGAGAAUCAGCUGCAGCAGUAGUAGAAGAAGAAAGGAAGGAUGAAACUUAAAGAGAUCAAACGCACCUCCAUCCAGAGCUGGAGUCCUGCACAGCAACAUCCCAUCUACCUUGCAACAGGAACAUCAGCCCAGCAGCUGGAUGCCUCGUUCAGCACCAAUGCCUCCCUGGAGUUCUUCGAGCUGGAUCUGGCUGAGCCGUCACUUGACAUGAAGUCAUGCGGCAGCUUGUCCACGCCGCACAGAUACCACAAACUGAUGUGGAAUCCCUACGGCAUGGAUGAAAGCCACCCAGCCGGCAUCCUCAUCGCAGGAGGCGAGAACGGCAACGUCAUCCUGUACGAUCCCGCCAAGAUCAUGGCGAAAGAGACGGACGUGAUCAUCGCCGAGAGCGACCGGCACACGGGCCCAGUGAGAGCGCUCGACGUCAACCCGUUCCAGGAGAACCUGGUCGCAUCAGGCGGGAACGAGUCUGAAAUCUAUAUCUGGGAUAUGAAUACAUUCGGCUCUCCAAUGACACCAGGACCUAAAACUCAGCCUCUGGAGGACAUCAGCUGCGUGGCGUGGAACAGACAGGUCCAACACAUCCUGGCGUCUGCUAGUCCGAGCGGCCGAGCCUCGGUGUGGGACCUCCGCAAGAACGACCUCAUCAUUAAAGUCAGCGACCACAGCAACAGAAUGCAUUGCUCCGGACUGGCGUGGAACCCAGAAGUGGCGACACAGCUGGUCUUGUCCUCCGAGGACGAUCGGAUGCCGGUCAUCCAGAUGUGGGAUUUACGUUUCGCUACCUCUCCUCUCAAGAUUUUUGAGAAUCACACACGGGGCGUCCUGGCCAUCGCCUGGAGUUUGGCUGAUCCUGACCUGCUUCUGAGCUGCGGGAAGGACAACAGGAUCCUCUGCUGGAACCCGAACACAGGAGAGGUUCUGUACGAGCUUCCCACCAGCAGUCAGUGGUGCUUCGACAUCCAGUGGUGCCCGAGGAACCCGGCGGUGCUGUCGGCCGCCAGCUUUGACGGACACAUCGACAUCUACUCCAUCAUGGGAGGCAGCAACCAGGCGCAGAGCCAGAGACACGCCGACCAGCCUGUUCGAGGACCUGCGAUUAGUAACUCAUUUGGGAACAUGGAUCCUUUCGGGACAGGACAAACGUUGCCCCCUCUGCAGCUUCCUCAGACUGCCGCCCCUCCAGCUACAAUCAACCCCCUGAAGAAGCCUCCAAAGUGGAUCCGCAGACCCGUCGGAGCAUCGUUUGCUUUCGGUGGGAAGCUCGUGUCUCUGGAGAACACAAAGCCGAACCCUCAGCAGCCGCAGCAGCCCGCCUCACACGUCGUACACGUCAGUCAGGUUGUCACGGAGACGGACUUCCUGAAGCGCUCCGAUCAGCUGCAGGCGACGCUGAGCACAGGAGGCUUCGUGGAGUUCUGCCAGGAGAAGGUCGACGCUGCUGGGAACGAGUUCGAAAAGACUGUUUGGUCUUUCCUCAAGGCUAAUUUUGAAAGUGACAUCCGCAGCAAGUUCCUGGAACUUCUGGGAUACAACAAAGAGGAGUUAGCCUUAAAGAUUUCAGCAGCACUGGAGGAAAAGCCUGUUGAGCUUCCGAUGGAGAUUCCAGCAGCAGUAGAGGAAACACCUGCUGAGCCUCCAAUGAUUUCAGCAGCAGUAGAGGAAAUGCCAGCUGAGCCUCCGAUGAUGUCAGCAGCAGUAGAGGAAACACCUGCUGAGCCUCCGAUGGUGGAAGUUCCUGCUCCUGCCUUCGUGCCGCCUGUCAUGGACCUUAGCUUUUUGCCACCCGCCGAUAAUCCCGAGGCGGCGUUCGACAUGAUCGCCGCCGCAAACCUUCUUCAGCCCGCCGCCACGCUCGAUCUGGACUCCACUCCGGACCCUGACACCGAAGAGCCGGCCGCUGCAGAUCCAGAGGAGAUUGCCCUCACUGGAGAACUAGAGGCCAACGUGGAUCAGGUUCUAUCAGAAGAGGCUGAGGAGAAGGCUGAGGAGGAAGAGGAGGGAGAGGAGGAGGAGGAGAUUCCUUUGGAGGAGGCUAAAAAGGAAGAGGAGGAGGAGAUCGCCUUGGAGGAAGAGGCUAAGGAAGAGGAAGAGGAGAUUCCCUUAGAGGAGAAGACAGCGGCACCCGUGGAGGAGGAGCUCAGUCCUGCAGUCGAGGAGCCUGCAGAGGUUCCAGCUGCAGCUCCAGCUGUGGCCCCUCCAGCCGUAGCUGCUCCAGCCGUGGCCGCUCCAGCCGUGGCCGCUCCAGAUGUGGCCGCUCCAGGAGGAGUCAGUCUGAGCAUCAGUCAAGACGUGGACGGGCUGAUCACGCAGGCUCUGUUGACCGGAGACUUCGAGGGAGCCGUGGAGCUCUGUCUCCAUGACAACCGCAUGGCAGACAGCAUCAUCCUGGCCAUCGCCGGCGGGGCCGAACUCUUGGAGAAAACCCAGAAGAAGUAUUUCACAAAGACACACAGCAAGAUCACCAAGCUGAUCAGCGCCGUGGUGAUGAAAGACUGGCACGACAUCCUGAAGACGUGCGAGCUGCAGAACUGGAAGGAGGCUCUGGCUGCCGUCAUGACGUAUGCUCAGCCGGAGGAGUUCUCAUCCCUCUGUGACGUCCUCGGUGGUAGACUGGAGGCAGCAGAGGAUGCGCAGCUUCAAGCUCAGGCAUGUCUGUGUUACAUCUGUGCCGGCAACGUGGAGAGACUCGUGUCCUGUUGGACCAGAGCGCAGGAAGGACACUGUCCUCUGUCUCUGCAGGACCUGGUGGAGAAGGUGGUGGUGAUGCGGCGUGCGGUCGAGCAGACUCAGCACUCCGGUCCCGCCGCUAUCGGCAUCCUGCUGGCUGAGAAGAUGAGUCAGUACGCCGGCCUACUGGCCUCACAGGGCAGCCUGUCCACCGCCAUCACAUACCUGCCUGACAACACCAACCAGGUCACAGUGCAGCAGCUCCGUGAUCGUCUCAGUCGGGCUCUCGGUCAGCAGCAGCAGCAGCAACAGGCGGCGGCCGUCGCUCCCGCAGCUCCGGUUCAGACCCCGAGAGCUCCGGCUCAGCUGGCGGCUCCUCGGGCUCCUCAGCAGCAGCACGGCUCAUCUCUGCCCCGACACCCGUUCACUCCGGUCCAACCCGCCAUGGUGCCUCAGCCCGCCCCUGCAGCUCCCGCACCCAUUCCUACACCCGCCUCCGCCCCACCACAGCCGCAGUAUUAUCAACCAGUGAGGGCUGCCUCCACUGUAACCUCCUGGAGUAACCAAACUCCCACAGCCCUCCCCAAUGUUCCUCCUCCUCCUCUGCAAGUAGGCAACGCCCCAGAGCAGCAGGUCGAACCUCCAAACUCGAUGUACGGGAUGCCAGCACCCGGCACAGCUGCUGCUGCUCCUCCUCCAUCCUCCACCACUCCUGCCUACAUGUACUCCCAUCAGUACCAGCCUUACCCCCAGGUCAACCAUUACCCCCCUGGAGCUGGUGGGGCACCUAUCUAUCAGCCUCUUCAAUACUCCUCUGCUGCUGCGCCUACUGCCGAGCCCCCCGGCUUUCUCUCUCACUACACGCAGCCCGUCCCCUCUCAGCCUGCGCCUCCUUUAUACUCCGUACAUCCUCCUAUCAGCCAGUGCCUGUCCUCCUCUCCUCCCUCAUAUCCUCCUCCUUUCUUUCCAAACGCCGCCUCCUCCUCCUCUGCCUCCUCCUAUUCUGCUCCUCCUUCCUCCGGAGCGUCUUUCCAGCAUGGCGGUCCAGGAUCUCCUGUGUCGUACAUGCCGCCUCCUCCUCCAGCGAGCGGAGUCUCAGGUACACAGCUCGACCCUGAGCUGGUCCCCGCCUCUCAGAGAACAGGGCCUCAGAAUGGCUGGAACGAUCCUCCAGCUCUGAACAGAUCAUUAAAGAAGAAGCAGAUGAUCCAAGGGAACUACACCCCUCCUGCCCCCAUCACCGCUCCCAUCAUGGCUCCGCUGGGCGUCGACCCUCAGGCCCAGCCGGUGUCGGCCGGGGCCCCUCAGCCGAUGGGCCAGGGGCCACACGGAGGCCAGGGGCCGUUCUCAGGCAUGCAGCAGCAGCAGCAGCAGCAGCAGCUCUCACCUCCACCUAUGAACACCGCAAUGCCCAAAACCAGUAUGGAGGGGGCACCAGGUGCUCCUACAGGAGACAUCAUACAGCCGAUGCGGUCGAUCCCUGCUGAGAAGAUCAUGAAGAAGCCGAUUCCUGACGAGCAUUUGAUCCUCAAGACAACGUUCGAGGGUUUGAUCCAGAAGUGUUUGGCUGUAGCUACCGAUCCUCAAACUAAGAGGAAGCUCGAUGAUGCCAACAAACGUUUGGAGGCUCUUUACGACAAACUGAGAGAGCAGACGCUCUCUCCCGCCAUCAUCGGAGGACUUCACAACAUCGCCAGGACUAUAGAGUCUCGAUCCUACGCGGAGGGUUUGACCAUCCACACUCACAUCGUCAGUAGCAGCAACUUCAGCGAGACGUCGGCCUUCAUGCCCGUUCUCAAGGUGGUGCUGACACAAGCCAACAAACUCGGGGUCUGAGCAGAAGUUUAAACAAAAACAAAAACAAAAAAAACAUCCCCAACCACUCCUCUGAGUCUCGACCGGACGGCGAGGAGCGUCGACGUGUCCGGCGGGUCGAGCUGGAUAUUACAGAGUUUAAAAUAUUUCACACAGAGCUCCGUUUGACUCUUAAUGAGGAAGAAUCCAGAGAUGUAUGAAAUUACCGUUCAAUUCUUCUUUGUGCCAUUUGUUUUUGUUUCUUUGUUUUUGUUUUAAAGGUGCAGUGCAUAGAGUUUUAGCGGCAUCUAGCAGGACGGACCUGGCAGAGAUUCACUCGGCUGCUGCAAUCUGCAACUUCACCACUAGAUGUCACUAAAUAUUACGCACUGGUCCUUUUUUAAAAAUGUUUUCAACUCAAACACAAGCCAUGCUAUCAGUCGCACUCAGUGGUGAAAGUAAACUGAGCUCCAGAUGUUGUUAAACAGGGCUGCGACUAAUCAUCGUUUUUUUUCAUUAUUGAUUAAUCUGUUAGUGAUUUUAUUUUCUGGUCUUUAAAUUUGUCAGAAAACAGUGAUAAAUGUUCCCAAAAUUUUACCUCAAAUGUUUUGUUUAGAGAUGCAACUAAAAAUUAUUUUCAUUGUCGAUUAAUCUGACGAAUAUUUACUUGAUUAAUUGGUUUAUUUUUGUCUGAGUGACGUCUUGAAAUGUCUCGUUUUGUCCUGCCAACAGUCCAAAAUCCAAAAUAAUCAGUUUAUUAUCACAUAUGUUAAAGAGAAUCAACUAAUUAUCACAUUUAUGAAGCUGAAACUAGAGAAUUUCUGGCAUUUUUGCUUUAAACGGUGACUAAAGCAAUGAUUUUAUUAUCAAAAUUAAUCAUUUGUCGAUCGAUUAAUUGACUAAUAACUUGAGUUUUCUUUCUUUACAACCCAAAAAUAUUUAGUUUACUAUCAGAGGACAAAAAAAUAGAAAAUAUUUACAUUUAAGAAGCUGAAACCAGAACAUUUUAGCUUUUUUUUCUUAAGAAAAUUUCUCAAAAUGAUUAAUUGAAUAUCAAAAAAGUAGUUCCUGAUGGAUUUUCUAUUGAUUGAUUGUUGCAGCUCGACUGCAGAGUUACAAAUAAAAGGGCUAAAGACUAAUUAAUUAAAGAUAAAUAAAUACCACAUUAACCUACAAAUAAGCUACUCUAAACAUUUGUUUUUAAGUCAAACUUGUAGUCAAAUGAAUCACAAUUAAAUCUCCACAGACUGACUCAUUAUUAUGAGGCAUUAGGAAUUAAAUUAAAACAAAUAAAGUAGGACAAUUAAAGGGAGAUUCGCAGAUUUUUAAGGGCAUUUCUAUCUAUGUUUAUUGAGAUGUUAAAAAUAAACGUUAUCAAUUUAGAGAAUCGAGCUAAUCUAGAUUUAAUUAGAUUAUUAGCAGACUAGCAUGCUUUAGGCUCACAACUGCGUGGUCAUGCAAUCAUUAAAAGAAAAAAAAAGAGCUUUAUUCGUCUUUAUAGUGUUUUUUUCAGUUUUUCGUGCACUACAUCAAAGCUCAGAUAUCUUAUAAUGCUAUAAAGACGACAGAAUUUAUUACUAAAACUACAAAAAUCAUGCUUUAUUUCUACAUUAAAAUGCAUUAUUGUGCUUGCAUGCAGCAGAUGAAACAGUUUAAAAGUCAUAGAAGACGUAAAAGUCUGAAUCACAAGCAGAAGAAAUGCUGUUUGCCAGUUUUUUGGUUUUUUUAGCACCUAAUCUGACUUUUAUUUAGAUUUUUACUGAUUUACUUUCACCACUGGUGUCACUACAGAAAUGCACAUUGGACCAAGACUUUAUCAGUGUGUGGGAUACGUCAAUGCAAAGCAAUGCAAUCCCAUUUGUCGAGGAUGUUUAAAAAGUUUAUUUCAUUUUAUUUCUGUUUUUUAAUUCUUUUUUUUCAGUGUAACCUUGAUACUCAGCAGAGAGUGCAAUGGACUAUUAAAAUAAAAUAAAACCGAGGCUGUGCUUUUAUGGAAAUGUAUGCAUGCUUUAAACAAACGCUAGCAGUCGUAUUUUUUAACGGCAUCGGAGGUGAUAAUUAUCUGCUAAUUGAUUGGAUCGGACCUCAGAAGGAAACAGGAAGGAGACGCUCGUACUUGAUUUUUUUUCAUUCCAACGACGGCGAAGGCUUCGGUCUGAAGUAGUCGGCCUGUCUCAGUCUCAGUUUAUGUUGUUAAUAAAAUUUAAAAAAAAGAAAAGAAAACAAGUCUUUGUUUUAGAUUGACUACAUGCAAUAUUUUCAAUAAAUAGUAUUUAUUUACAGUA